AAACAUCUCCGGUUGCUGUCACAGCAUGCUGCAUAUGCUGAUAUAAUAUCAUAUCAUGUAUAUCUGAUAUCUCUAUGCUUUGAGUCACUUUCAUUAUCACAACAAGAAUUUCAAUACACUUGUACACAAAAGUGGAAAAAUGCCUGCUAUUCCUACUAAGAUAUGUUCGUAUUAUAAAGAUUUUUUGUAAAAAAAACAGAAAACAUUCGCACAAGGGAUGAAAACGACUUGCUUCAAUUCUCCCCCACAGCCCAGAAUCAGAAAGUAUCGUGUAUAUAUGUGACUUAACUAAAUGGUUGUGCAAAAAAAAAAUCCAGAUAGAUUAUGAUAAUAUAAGCCAUAACAUAAAUAUGCAAGAUCUACAAUUGUAUUCGCUAUCAGAUUAAGUGUUAAAAAAUAAACUUGUCUCACUUGAUGUCCAUAAGCUCAUCAAUCAGAUAAGAAGUUUGCUGCUGUUCUAAAUCAUCAUCAUCUGCUUAGCUAGAAGCUACACUCAUCACUACGGUUGCAACCAAAAAAUGGAAGGCAACACCGGCGGCGUUCGGGUCGUGUCACGGCGCGUGAUCCGGCCGGAGUUGCCGCCGGAGCAUGAGACGACGGUGCACCUGACGCCGUGGGAUCUCCCUCUGCUCACCGCGGAGUACAUCCAGAAGGGCGUCCUCCUGCCCAAGCCGCCCACCGGCGGCGAGCACCUCGUCAAACACCUGGCGUCGUCGUUCGCUCGCGCACUCGGCCGCUUCUACCCCUUCGCCGGCCGCCUCGCCGUGGCCGAGGUGGAGGACGGAGCGUCGCCUCCGAGCAGCAUCUCCGUGUUCUUGCGCUGCAACGACGAAGGCGCUGAGUUCGUCCACGCCACGGCGCCCGACGUCGCCGUCGCCGACAUCGCCGCCUCGCUGUACAUUCCGCGGGUGGUCUGGUCCUUCUUCCCGCUCACCGGGCUGCUUCCCGCGGUCGCUGCGGCGGACUCCCUGCCGGUUCUUGCCGCGCAGGUCACCGAGCUCUCCGACGGCGUGUUCAUCGCCAUGUCGCUCAACCAUGUCGUCGGCGACGGCACCAAUUUCUGGGAGUUCAUGAACACAUGGUCGGAGAUCAGUCGAAGCAGAAGCAAACUGGACAUCUCGCCGUCGCCACCUCUGGUGGUGAAGAGGUGGUUCCUGGACACCUGCCCGGUGCCGAUCCCUCUGCCGUUCGCCAAGCUCGAGCACAUCAUCCCGCGACGCGACCACCCACCACCUCCAUUGCAAGAGUGCUUCUUCGCUUUCUCCGCGGAGAGCAUAAGGAAGCUCAAGGCGAAGGCGAACGGCGAGAUCGCCGGCGCCGCCGCCACCAUCUCCUCCCUCCAGGCCCUGCUCGCUCAUGUUUGGCGCUCGGUGUCGCGAGCUCAUGGCCUCACGCCGCGCCAGGAGACGGCGUACGUACUGGUCAUCGGUUGCCGGGGGCGCGUGAGCGGCAUCUCGCCGGGGUACGUGGGGAACGCCGUCGUGCCCGGCGCGGUGAGGCUGACGGCCGGCGAGGUCAUGGAGAGAGGGCUCGGGUGGACGGCGUGGCAGCUGAACCGCUUCGUGGCGUCGCUCGACGAGGCCGCCAUGCGGGGCGCGAUCGCGCCGUGGCCGCGGGCGCCGGAGUUCGCCAACUUCGCGAAGGCGGCGGGAGGCACCGCCGUCCACACGGGGAGCUCGCCGCGGUUCGACGUGUUCGGCAACGACUUCGGGUGGGGGAGGCCGGCGAGCGUGCGGAGCGGCGGCGCGAACAAGUUCGACGGCAAGGUGACGGUGUACGAGGGGCCGGGCGGUGCCGGGAGCAUGUCGCUGGAGGUUUGCCUGGCUCCGGCGGCGCUGGGGAAGCUCGUCGCCGACGAGGAGUUCAUGGGCGCUGUGACCACGCCGUGAGUUGCAUCCAUGCAUGUACAAGCUACUCCCUCCGUACAAAAUACUCCCUCUGUUCAAUUUUAAUCAUCAUAUUUUCAAAACAUAAAAAUUCAUAUUUGAUCGUCAUAUUAGGUGGGACUGUGACAAAAAUGCUUCGUAUACUGCGUUGCGUGUAUGCCUUGCAGCUCUAUUAAUAGAAAUUUUGGUCAAGCAUUUUAUGCAAUCACAA